AUGACACCUGCUACGCAGCAACCCGGGGAGCCUAAUUUCACACUCCCCGUCCUUCACCAACCAGUGGCACAACACAUUCCCUCCACACCCACCGGUGUCAUGCAACCAGGGAAGCUAUUGACCCCCACAGAUGUCACGAAACCAGGGGACGGUCCCCUACUCACCACACAGUCACCCAGGGUACCUUCUAUGACACCCGCUACGCAGCAAUCAGGGAAGCCUACUUCCACACUUCCCACCCCUCAGCAGCCAGGGGAGCCCUCCGUUCCCUUAAUCCAGUGA